ACCUUCCCAAAUCCUUCCACCCUCAGUCCUCCAUUGCUCAGGUUCAGUCAGACCGGCGAACUCAUCUCGCCCCGACCCGACCUCCCACGCUCUCUUCACGAUAGUACCUAGACUCCGGGUCUACGCACCACACACUUGUUUGACAGGUCUCUUUUCACCUCGUCUUGUCUCGCCUCUCUCGUCUGCAAAGACAUAUCUCUCUCUUCCUGUCCGUCAUGGACAGCUCUGACGAGUCUGAUGACGGCCGGGGCGCCAUCUCAUUCCCGGCCGGGAACGACGACUUCCGCGAGGCCAGAAACACCUGUGCCCGAGCCUGCCGUCAGUUCAACGACACCCCCGAAGAUGCCCCUCCCGAGCUCCGAGUCAGCCGCUGGCUAGACAUCGUCCGCGGCCCAAACCGCAGCCGGACCAACCAGGACGGAGCCGUGACCGGCGAGAUGACCUUCCGGGACCCGACGUGCAAGCCGCAGGCGCCGUUCGUCAAGCCGCCCAUCUACAUGGACUACGGGCUGCGGGUCCGCAUCGGCAGCACCACCUUCAUCAACCGAUACUGCAUGAUCAUGGACACGCCCGUGGCCGACGUGAUCAUCGGCGAGCACUGCAGCAUCGGCCCCCACUGCUCCAUCGUGUCGGUCGGGCACCCGCUCGGCGAGGUGGAGCGGAACACGAAGCGGAGCAGCACGGGGAAGGAGGUCCGCAUCGGGGACGGCGUGUGGAUCGGCGCCGGGGUUAUAAUCAUGUGAGUCCAGUCCCUUCGGGCCCUCCCUUCCCCUGGUGAUGACCCUUCGCCCUGCCUACUCUUUGUCGACUUGUCUCAGGGGGGGGGGAGAGAGAGUGGAACUGCUCUAACUUUCCACGAAUAUCCAGGGGCGGAGUCACCAUCGGCAACGGCGCCGUCAUCGGUGCCGGCUCCCUGGUCACCCGGGACGUCCCGCCCAAGACUCUGGCGUAUGGGGUCCCGGCCAGGCUCGGCAAGAUCAUAAGCGACGACGAGGUCUGCAGCGUCGCCGGUAGCGUCGC